AUGGCGACGACGGACUCCGUUCCUGGGGACUUCGUGGCACUCACUGCAGUGCAAGUUGUCUAUCGCGAGUGCUUCCGCGACGACCAAGGAGAGUUCCCGCACAGUCUCCGAUUCCUCAAACUUCUGGCUGCUCAAGCACCAACAGAGAGUGAACCAGACUCGCUGUACCGAAUCUGGGAGCUCGGCACCGUUUUGAAGGCGGCUGCAAGUCGUGGGGACCUGGAUACCGUGGUGUGGCUUGCAGAGACCUUCGAGCCAGAAGCCUCGCUGUCGUCUGCGGUGAAAGAGGGUGUCCGUAGAGCAGAGGUGGUCAAGUGGCUGACGGAGCAUGUCCCGGUGCAUCCAGAGGCAGCUCCACGCAUCAUGUUCGAGGCUGCGAGGGCUGGAAACCUCGAAGUUGUGCAGUGGAUGCUGGGCGAGUACGACGUGUCUGCGACUAAAGCCCUGAAAGCAGCUCAGGAGGGGCAUCAAUGGCAAGUUGUUCGGUGGAUUCUCACGAACUGUGAAGUUGGAGAUCGCUCGGUGGAUGGCACUGCUGCUGCUAAAGACGGCGACUUGGCAUUUCUGCAGUGGGCAUACGAGCACGCCUCGGUCGAGCUGGGCGGUAGUACUCUCAUGAACGCAGUCGCUCUUGACGGCCAUCUGGGUGUGCUGAAGUGGCUGCAUGAAGGCCCAGCAAAUAUCGAGUUGGGCGCGUCCGUCUUCGCCCAGGCAGCGCGUGGCGGGCAUUUGGGAAUGCUCAAGUGGCUGCAUUCACAGCAGUGCCCAGCAACAGCCGCGGCAAUGGACCACGCGGCUGUAGGUGGAUUCUUGGAGGUGCUCAAGUGGCUCGACGCCAAUCGAGAGGAAGGAUGCACGUCCCGAGCGAUGGAUGGCGCGGCUCGCAACGGGCACCUGGAGGUCGUGAAGUGGCUCCACGGCUCUGGUAAAAAGUUCUACUGCCCGUUCGUCAUGGACAGCGCGGCAGCAAAUGGUCAUUUGGACGUCGUCAAGUGGCUGCACGAAUACCGCAGCGAAGGUUGCACCGAAGACGCCAUGAACUACGCGGCUCGGCUCGGUCACCUCGACGUGGUGCAGUGGCUCCAUCACAACCACAGCGAAGGCUGCUCGGCCUUCGCCAUGGAUUGGGCUGCGCCUUAUGGUCACCUUGACGUUGUGAAAUGGCUCCACGCCCAUCGACGUGAAGGAUGCACGACCUGGGCGAUGGACAGCGCCGCGCGAGAAGGACACUUGGCUGUGAGCGGAAGGUUGUACCAGCACUGCGAUGGCGAGAGCGAUCGCUGCUGGCCACUUCGACGUGGUCGUGAGAAGCGGUCACUGAAGGCGAAUUACGCAGCAGGCAACGUGAUCGAGAGUCCGCGCUUGGAGCUCGAGCAGUGGCUGCUGCAAAAUGCCCCUGCAGAGCUUGAGGGCGUGUGGUUCCGCGUGUCCAGAGGAGACUGGUACAUGAACGAGUGGAUGCAGCGCCACAACAUGAGCCGAACUCACCAAGACGAUCGCUACAACGACUGA